CAACUCCUCACUCAAAUCCUACCAACAUUUCUAACCAAACCAUACAACUCAUUCCAUAGCCAAGUAUCAAUGAGCAGCAAUAUCGAAAGCCUCUGGGUUUUUGCUCUAGCUUCUAAAUAUAAAUCUUAUACUAGUAUCAUCAAUUUCUUGGUUCUUGUAUCAGCUUCCGCUUUGGCUUGGCUUGUGAUCACCCUUAUUCACUGGGCUCACCCUGGAGGCCCUGCCUGGGGGAAACACAAAUGGGUCGAGAAAAGGACUAAUCAUGGCUCGUGUUCUUCGGGCCGGGUGAUACCUGGCCCGAAAGGCUUUCCGGUCAUUGGAAGCAUGAGUUUAAUGACCGGAUUAGCCCACCACAAGCUGUCUGCCAUGGCUAAAGCCUGUGGAGCCACCAGUCUCAUGGCUUUUAGCUUGGGGGAAACAAGGGUGAUCAUCACAUCGAAUCCUGAUGUAGCCAAAGAGAUUUUGAAUAGCUCUGUGUUUGCUGACCGGCCUGUGAAGGAAUCAGCUUACAUGUUGAUGUUCAACAGAGCUAUUGGCUUCGCUCCUCACGGGGUUUACUGGACAAGUUUGAGGAGAAUCGCGGCGAACCAUUUGUUCUGUCCCAAGCAAAUCAAGGCCUUUGGAAGCCAGAGGUUUGAUCUUGCUCAUCAGAUGGUUAAUAUGUUUAGAAGCCAAGCAGACAAGGUGGUUACGGUUCGAGAUGGAUUGAGAAAGGCUGCUUUAAGUAACAUGAUGGCCUCUGUUUUUGGAAAAACUUAUGGGCUUGAUUCAGAGGAAGCAGAGUUAAGGAAGCUGGUUGAUGAAGGGUAUGAGCUCUUGGGCAUGCUUAAUUGGGCUGAUCACCUCCCCUGGUUAUCCGAAUUCGACCUGCAGCAUAUUCGGGCUAGGUGUUCCUCUCUCGUGCCUAAGGUUGAUUGCUUUGUCCGUCGGAUUAUAUCACAACACCGCGAGAAGAACACCGGCUGUGACUUUGUAGACGUUCUGCUAUCUCUACAAGGCCGUGAAAAGUUGUCGGAAGAUGACAUGGUUGCUGUCUUAUGGGAAAUGAUAUUUAGAGGCACGGAUACUGUGGCAGUUUUGAUCGAGUGGGUGCUAGCGCGGAUGGUGAUUCAUGCAGACAUUCAAUCAAAAGUACAUGAUGAACUCGACAUGAUAACGAGAAGGUCACGAUCCGUGACCGAGGCUGACCUCUCCUCCAUGGUGUAUCUUCCAGCUGUAGUGAAGGAGGUGCUUAGGCUACACCCUCCGGGCCCGCUUCUCUCAUGGGCCCGCCUGGCGAUCACAGAUACGAUUGUUGAUGGGCAUCAUGUUCCGGCAGGGACCACUGCUAUGGUUAACAUGUGGGCCAUCACAAGGGACCCUCAUGUCUGGGAGGACCCGCUGAGUUUUAAGCCCGAGAGGUUCCUGGACUGCGGAUCCCCUGAUGUGGAGUUCUCGGUUAUGGGAUCCGACCUGCGACUGGCACCGUUCGGAUCCGGGAGACGGGCGUGCCCGGGGAAGGCUCUGGGGUUGGCCACAGUGACCUUCUGGGUGGCCACCCUGAUGCAGGAGUUUGAGUGGUCUCAGGCUUCAGAUUCGGGCGUGGAUAUGUCUGAGGUGCUGAAACUAUCGUGUGAGAUGGCUAAACCACUGGUUGCUAGAGUGGAGCCGAGGCGCGCAAACUAUGUCUAGUGUGUCUUAAUUUGAGUUCCUACACUAAACUUGUUCUUUUAGUUCUGCCUUCUAUGUUAGACUCUGGAUCUUCAUUUGUAUCUUUGUUUUGAUCAUGUUGUAGUAGUAAAUACAGAAACCGUAAUAUGUUAAUUAUUUUUGUCCAA